GUGAGUGGAAUCAAGAGUCUCUAUGAGUCUGAACUGGCUGAUGCUCGAAGAGUUCUGGAUGAAACUGCCAAAGAGAGGGCCAGACUACAGAUUGAAAUAGGAAAACUGAGAGCAGAACUUGAGGAGUUCAAUAAAAGCUACAAGAAGAAAGAUGCAGAUUUGUCUGUGGCUCAGGGUCGCAUUAAGGAUCUUGAAGUACUGUUCCAUAGAAGUGAAGCAGAACUUAACACUGUCCUGAAUGAGAAACGCAGUCUGGAGGCAGAGGUGGCUGAUUUGAGAGCCCAGCUUGCUAAGGCUGAAGAUGGUCACGCUGUGGCUAAGAAGCAGUUGGAGAAGGAGACCCUCAUGCGUGUGGACCUGGAGAAUCGUUGCCAGAGCUUGCAAGAGGAUCUGGAUUUCAGGAAGAAUGUGUUUGAGGAGGAAAUAAGGGAAACAAGAAAACGUCAUGAACAUCGCUUGGUUGAGGUGGACACGAGUCGCCAACAGGAGUAUGAAUCCAAAAUGACUCAGGCCCUGGAAGACCUGCGAAAUCAACAUGAUGAACAAGUGAAACUGUACAAAAUGGAGCUUGAGCAGACCUAUCAGGCCAAGCUGGAGAAUGCCAAACUGUCCUCUGACCAAAAUGACAAAGCUGCUGGUGCAGCUCGAGAGGAGUUGAAGGAGGCUCGCAUGAGAAUAGAAACUCUCAGUUACCAGCUUUCUGGCCUUCAAAAACAGGCCAGUGCAGCAGAAGAUCGUAUUCGUGAACUGGAGGAAAUGAUGGCUGGCGAGCGGGAGAAGUUUAGGAAGAUGCUAGAUGCAAAGGAGAGAGAAAUGACAGACAUGAGGGACCAGAUGCAGCAGCAGCUCACAGAGUACCAGGAACUGCUUGAUGUUAAAUUAGCACUGGACAUGGAGAUCAGCGCUUACCGCAAACUCCUGGAAGGAGAAGAGGAAAGGUUGAAGCUCUCUCCAAGUCCCUCCUCCCGUGUGACAGUCUCUCGGGCUACCUCCAGCAGCAGCAGUAGCAGCACUUCACUUGUUCGCUCUUCCCGAGGCAAGAGAAAACGGAUUGAAGCAGAGGAGCUUUCAGGCAGUGGAACCAGUGGGAUUGGCACUGGAAGCAUCAGUGGCAGUAGCAGCAGCAGUAGCUUCCAGAUGUCCCAGCAAGCUUCAGCUACAGGAAGUAUCAGCAUAGAAGAGAUAGACCUGGAGGGCAAAUAUGUUCAACUGAAGAACAACUCAGAGAAGGAUCAGUCUUUGGGUAACUGGCGACUGAAAAGACAAAUUGGAGAUGGAGAAGAAAUUGCCUACAAGUUUACUCCUAAGUAUAUCCUCAGAGCUGGGCAGACUGUAACAAUUUGGGGUGCAGAUGCAGGAGUAUCCCAUAGCCCCCCUUCUGUUCUCGUGUGGAAGAAUCAAGGCAGCUGGGGCACCGGAGGAAAUAUCCGCACGUACCUUGUCAACUCCGAAGGAGAGGAAGUUGCAGUGAGAAGUGUCAUUAAAUCAGUAGUUGUGCGAGAGAACGAAGAGGAAGAGGAUGAAGCAGAGUUUGGAGAGGAAGACCUUUUCAACCAACAGGGGGAUCCCAGAACAACCUCCAGAGGAUGCGCUGUGAUGUGAAGAAAGAAACAAAGAAAACUACUAUUUGCUUCUUUUCCCCAUUUAUUUCUUUUUAUUUUGGCUAAUUUUUUUCCCUCCAGAGCC